GGGGCAGCGGCGCCCGGGCCGGGCCGGGGCCGGGCGGCCAGAGAAGGAGGAGGAAGAGGGGGGCCGGGCCCUCCUCGCCGGCCCCCCCAGCGUCGCGCCCAUGAACGGGUUGCCGGGGGGCCCGGCGCCGGCCCCCGCGCCCUCGCCCUCGGGCUGCCCGCUCGAAGGGCUCCCGCCGCUGCCCCGGGGGCUCAGCGGCCUCCUCAAUUCGAGUGGGGGCUCGUGGCGGGACCUGGAGCGCGUCUACAGCCAGCGGAACCGCAUCCAGGACGAGCUGAGCCGGGCCGGCCGCGCCCCCGAGGGCCCCUCGCAGCCCCCGCGCCGCCCGGCCAACCUGGACUCGGCGCUGGCCGUGCUGCGGAAGGAGAUGGUGGGCCUCCGCCAGCUCGACAUGUCUCUGCUGUGCCAGCUGUGCUCCCUGCACGAGUCCAUCCAAGACUACAAGCACCUGUGCCAGGACAUGAGCCUCUGCCAGGACAUGUCCUCGUCCCUGCACUCGGACAGCUCCUACCCUCCUGACACCGGCUUCUCGGACGACGACGAAGACGGGCCGGACUGCAGCCUGCCCCGGGACCCGCCCCCUCUGCGAGUCCCCCAGACUCACAAUUCCCGGGACAAGUGGCUGCAGGACUCGUUCAGCCUCUGAGGAUGCGCCCCUCCCCCAGGAGCCGGCGGCCCGGUCCCCCUCCCCCAGCCCUGGGCAGCCAGGUCCCCGCACACGCCCCCCCAAGCCCUCCGGUCUCUCACUGUGCUAGUUAAAGGGAACGGCUGGGGCCCAGAGCUGGCAGCAGCCGCUUUCCCUGCCUUUGUUCAGGGGCCUCUCCCCAGGAGAGAUCCAGGCUCCUCAUUAUUUCCCACCCAGCCUAGCCAAGCCUUGGACGAACUAACCCCCCCCCCACGCCCACUUCUCCCCUUCCAGGGCUUCUGGGCGCCUCAGGCCACUGGCUGGGACAAGAAAGCAGCAUCUGGGGGCUGGCGCCCCUGACAUCCCAAGAGCCGCUCCUGCCAACGGUCCGAGGCGAAGCUGACAGCAUGGCAAAGGGGGACAGCUCCGGAAUCCACUCAAGGCCGCCCGCGAGCCGCGGGGUCACACUUCCAGAGCUGGCUCGGCUAUUGGGCAAGACCCGCCCCGCCCCCGCCCCCAAGGUUGGCCCGGCUCCCCGCCCCCGGCAGCGGGGCGGGCAGGGCGGGGCCCUGCCCAUUAUUUAACACGCUAGGGCCUUGGCCCCGGGGCCCCGCAAAUAAAUAAACGGCUCUUGUCUCUGC